AUGAUCCAUUAAAACCAGCUAUUAGGUAUUGCCGAUAUUCCUUAUCAAUCCUCACCUAUUGAUCAUCUCCUUAUCUAUUUAUUCUAUGGAUAUCAAGGAUUGCGAGAUAUUAAGGAUGUUGAAAUAGUAAUUUAAUAGAGAAUAUUUGAGCCAAGGAACUUAAGUUUAUUCAGUGUUGCAAGUGAUAAUUGGAUAUUAAUGACAUUUCUCAUGAAUAGCCUACAUUUAUUUUAUAUUAUAUAAAUUAUUAUUUUACUUAUAUAAAAAGACAAUAAAAUGUUAGGAGGGCUUUAUGGAUUAAAUUUUAAGCAGCAUUCGUAUCUUUUUUUAUGCUUAAUAUUACCUACAAUCAUUACAGGAUUUGGAUUAUUUUAUUUAGAUGAAGCUCUGACAACUUUGUGUGUUUUGUAAUUUUUCUAUGUUAUAAUACCUGCGAUUUAUAUAAGGUAUUUAAGCAAAGAGGGCGAACUAAGAGGUAAUUAACUAUGAACAUGUAACUAAUAGUUUAUUUCAUAAAUGAAUUGGAGGGAAGAUAAGAAUAGAUCAAGAGAGGACUCUCUUUAUUUAGAAGUGCUUUUGGAAUGGUUCUAUUGUCGUUAAUUUUCACAUAUUAUUGGGAAGAGGAGAUCAUGGAUUAUUUGAGGAUUCCUCUAUUGGAGCAUCCUGUUUAUAUUGGAGCAUUCUUGUUGGUUUUGAUUAUAUGCAACCCAUUUUUAGAGGAGUGGUAUUGGUAAUGAAUUGAUAUUAAGCAAGGCGACUGUUUUUGAUGAAAACCUACAAGGAAAGUGAGAAGUAUAGAUUCGUAAUAAAUCUCUUUUAUGCUUUGUUUCAUUUCAUUAUGUUAUUUAAGAUAUUUAAAUCAGAUUGGGAAUUCGCAAUUGGGUUUUCAACCUAUUUUAUGUCAAUCGGUGGAUCCUUCGAACACAUCAGAGAAAAGUACGGGUUCAUCACUUGUCUGAUGGCUCACUAUGGGAUGACCUUGGCUGCUUCACUAGCUUUAUUAGUUGUAUAUAAAUCAUAAUUGUAAUGA